GAUGCGGUGAUGCUGAGCUGAAAUCAUGAUUUUUUUUUUUUUUUCUAGGACGCAAAAGGAGGGGCGGGGCUACAUCGCGACACCACGCCGUUGCCGUUUCUAAUAGGCCGAGCGGUGGACGGGAGAAUCCAUAGCGUGUGCUUACGUGCCUUAUUCCUCGCAGUCCCCCCCAUGCAAGGGACGAAUUGCGUGAGGCAGCGCUUCCAAAAAUACCUGCCGCAGCCCGUCCAGGGUGCCCUGUAGUCACGACAGCUAGUCGCGCUGGCGGCGAGGCAGUGAGCACCACCUGACGCUCCCUCUUCUCUCGUCCCCUCCUUCCUUCUGCAUCCUGCAGACUUCAAACAUUAGGAAUCAAACUUGACAACCAAGCAAGCAUCCAUAGCAUAUUUUAGAAGAUGGAAGGCCAGAAAAAGCAAGUAACAGGGUAUCUCCUGUUCUCGCUGGGCACCGCUGUCAUCGGCUCCUUGCAGUUUGGCUACAACACCGGAGUCAUCAAUGCUCCAGAACAGAAACUGCGAUCUUUCUUCAACGACACCUGGAUGGAGCGGUACGGUGAGCCCAUCAGCCCAGGAGUUUGUACCGUCGUCUGGAGCGUCGCUGUCGCCAUCUUCAGUGUGGGCGGCAUGGUGGGCUCCUUCAGUGUGGGCGUCAUGGCCAACCGAUUCGGCAGGCGGCGCUCCAUGUUCCUGGUCAACUGCCUGGCAGUGAUCGGAGGCCUCCUCAUGGGCUUCUCCACCAUCUGCUACUCCUAUGAGAUGGUGAUCGCGGGUCGUCUGGUCAUUGGCCUGUUCUGCGGUCUCUUUACCGGGCUGACUCCCAUGUACGUGGGCGAGGUGUCGCCAACGCCUCUUCGUGGAGCAUUCGGUACUCUGCAUCAGCUUGGUGUGGUAGUGGGCAUCCUGGUUGCUCAGAUCUUUGGUCUGGAGUUUAUACUGGGUUCUGAGAAGAUGUGGCCCCUGCUGCUGGCCCUCACUGUAGCACCUGCUGUGCUGCAGUGCAUCUUGCUGCCCUUCUGUCCCGAGAGCCCCCGCUUCCUCCUGAUCAACCUGAAACAAGAGGAACAAGCACGCAAAGCCCUGGUGCGUCUGCGCGGUACAGAGGAUGUCACUGAAGACCUCCAGGAGAUGAAGGAGGAGAGCGCCAAGAUGGCGAUGGAGAAGAAGGUGAACAUCGCUGAGCUGUUUCGUUCGCCGGCCUAUAGACAGCCCCUCCUGAUCGCCGUCAUGCUGCAGCUCUCCCAGCAGUUAUCGGGGAUCAACGCUGUUUUUUACUACUCCACAGGGAUCUUUGCCUCAGCUGGAGUGAAGCAACCCAUCUACGCCACAAUCGCGGCUGGCAUCGUCAACACCAUCUUCACUGUUGUUUCUCUCUUCCUGGUGGAAAAAGCCGGGCGAAGGACUCUCCAUCUCCUGGGACUGGGGGGGAUGGCCAUCAGUGCCCUAAUCAUGACAUUCUCCCUCUAUUUAAAAGACAUCCCAGCCAUGAGCUACAUGGCUAUCCUGGCCGUCAUGCUCUUUGUGGCUAUGUUUGAGCUGGGCCCCGGCCCCAUUCCGUGGUUCAUCGUGGCCGAGCUUUUCUCCCAGGGGCCCCGUCCUGCAGCCAUGGCUGUUGCAGGAUGCUGCAACUGGACAGCCAACUUCCUUGUUGGAAUGAGCUUUCCCAAACUAGUGGAGCUGUGUGGGCCUUGGGUCUUCCUCAUUUUCACUGCCUUCCUCAUCUUCUUUUUCAUCUUCACAUUCAUCAAAGUCCCAGAGACAAAGGGAAAGACAUUCGACGAGAUCUCCCGUGGCUUUGGCGGGCCUCCACCUACGCCCGCCUCCCCGACUGAGGACCCGGUUGCCACCUCCAGCAUCGCCGUGACGCUUGCGGCCUCAUCUCCUGAGAAGGAGAAGGUCCCACUGGUGGAGGCCCCGGCAGCAGCUCCUGCGGCGGCUGCGGCCGCCCUUCCGGCAACCGAAACCACGCCCCUUAAUGACAAACCCAGCGCGCAAGGCGAAAAAGUAGAGAAAGUGUAGACAGGCAUCUCAUUGGUUCCAGAAAUUAUGAAUGAGGGAGGAGUCACAGAAACAAAGGGAAACAGUUUCAAUCUUUCUCAACCAACUUUACGGUACAUUCCUGAAAUCAGCUGCAUCCAUUUAAAGGGUGAGACGAGGUUAGUGUGUCGGCGGUCACAUCAACGCAUGUGUCUGGCUACUUGAAACUAAAACAUGGGUCAAAGAAUGGGCAGCUAAUUUGUUCACUAAUGCAGUCUAUAAGCAGAGCGUUUUAAGGUUAGCGGAGCAGAUGUGAUUUUAAAAAAAAUACAAAACCAGAGGUUGGUUCUAAAUGAAUCGGGUUGGCGUGGUUAAGUAAUCUAUUUCUUUUUGUUUGUUUUUAAGAGACAGAUGAUUUGGUUGAUAUUGUGCUGUGGUUUAACGUGUAACAGUAGGUUCUUUUUUUGGUGAUUGCCUUUUUUUUUUUCUCCCUUGGGUUGCAGGUCUGAGUUGUGUGCUUUACCUUUCACUGAGAUUGUUUGCAUUGCCAAAGGGAAUAACCACCUGAUGAACACAUCCAGCCAGAUAAUGCAGAAUUAACAGCAGGUUCUAAAGUACAUAGUUUCUUAAAUUCUAAAAAAAGAAAAAUUACAGUCAUUCAUUAUUUAGUUGGGGUUUAAUCAUUAAUGCGCCUGCUUAUGUUUUGAAGUGGUCUCAUCAUAUUUAAGUAAUGAAUUCUGACAAGAUGUAACUAUGGCCAAGGUACUGAGAAAAUAUUGUACAUGGGCAUAUGAAUAUGUGCCAGAAUACUAUUGAAACCUCAUUAAAACCCAUAACUGGUUUAGAAAUAUCCAAAUAUACAGCACCUUCCGCAGUAAUGGGCACCCAUGUCGAGCAUCUGUUUUACUUUAUGGACACAUUUGCCUGUCUUUCCCAUUUUGAAGGCUGUUCAAAACAAACUAAAAUCUAUCACGUAUUCCCUAGGGAAACCAAAAGUCAUGGAUUACUCAUUAAAAGUUCCUAGACAGCUGAUUCGGUUAAUAACGUCCGACGAGGUGUCCAUUAUCAGAAUUUACUGGACAACGCCACGGCGUGAACUUUUGCUUCCUUGAAGUCCAUUAAUUUCUGAUAAGGGACACCUUAAAGGGCAUUAUCCCACUUAUACCAUGGUCACUUACGAAAUAAAUGAUUAUUAUGUCAAUUAUUAAUACUUUAAUGUCAUUUUUCACAAAAAGAGAGAACUGUUUAAUAUCUCUCGGUGUGACGCGUUGCCAAGCUAACCAGUGUCAACUAUCUUGCUGUGACCAGCGCAAAAAAAUUAGAACAAUAAGGCUAUUUGACCAGAACUUUUUUAUAGGUGUCCUUUUUUAACGGACACCCUGCAGCCAAUCAGAACCGAGUAUUCACCCAGACCAUGGUAAAAUAAUGGCUAUGGGUGUCACUAAUUGUGUGUCUAGUGAUUUUACUUGCGUUAGGAACAAUUAUUUCUCAAUAUGGGAUAAUUUUCCCCAAUUAAAUUGAUGAUCCCCGAUUAAAAUGAUUUGUUCUAAGGCAUUUUAAACAUUUUUACAAUGUUUGAAAGUGAAGGGUGCUGUAUAUGCAACAACCCAUUCCCCAGAGAAUGAGGUUAAAAAAACGUCACAGUCUGUCAUUCCUCAGGUGUUACUUUAAAAUUCUUCUUGAGUUGUUGCUUUAUAUCUUGAGAUAUAGGGCACUGGGGGAAAAUAAUCAAUGCUACAGAAGAAUUAUAGGGCAAAUAGCUGUAAUGCAACCAUAGGGUAAAAAUAUAUUUAUUUACUAAAAGGGAGAUUAUUAAUAUUAUUGCAUAAGUAUUAUUUUUAUGAAACAUUAUAUAGUAUAGAGAGACAAUAUAGUGCUUUUCUGACAGGCCCUAAAAGAUAAGAAGAAAGCCACAAAGGAUCUUUGUUUUCGGAUGAAGAGAAAUUGAAUUACAUAAAGUGAAGUUUUAGAUCUAUCCUAUCUACUCUUUGGUAGUCAGGCACGCUUUACAGCCACUAUUCAUAAUAUAAGCUGAAGAAGUAAUGAGCGCCGUAAAGCUUUCCAUCAAACUAACAGUGCUAAUGAUCUGAAUUUACACUAAGAAUAAGAAGCAUUUAUUUAACCAGACUGUGCAAUCACUACUGAAUCACCACAUAUAGUAGUUAUAGGCAACUAAAGGGGACGUGCUAGUACCCUAAAAAUGUUGGCUUUAUGGAGGUCAGUGGCAGAUGCAACUAACUGUAGUGGCUUAAUAGAUAAUUAUGUUUUGAUACUACCUUUUUGUUUCAGUUAUGAUUGUUUUGUGUACUGUAUGACCAAAGCAAAAAUAAUGUCCUUUUAAAAUGAUGAAAACAGUCUGCUUAACUAUCAGAGUAAUUUUCUUAUUUAAAAAUGUUACUGCUGUUUUAUUUUAUUUUAUUAAUUUUUACGGGAAAGAUCGAAAUUCAAAUACAACAGUCAGUAAAGGCCUUACAGAAGAUUGGGUUUUUACAAGCCAUCAGUGGAAUCAGCGGUAACCACAGAGACCUUUCUCACUCAUCCGGCUCACUUUAUGCUUGUUUUAAAAAGGUAGAUAGGUGUGGGCAGAAAGAUGUGGGCUGUCAGAUGAAAGGCAAUCUAACGUCCACAUAAAUGUGGCGAUAACAAAAGUGACCCGCCACUACAACCAAAAAGUUUGAGCACAAAAAAAAAAAAGAUUUAAUCAUCUUAAACUUUAACUUAAUCACAUUUGUGUUAGUUACCAGAUUUCAUUUUGAAAGCACAAAAGCACUUAACACAGUUUUCGACACAUUUUACAUAUAACCAGUUGCUGGAAAGACAUUUUAGCAUUCUGAGUAGUCAGCAAAGUCUUCAUUCAUUUUCUUGGACCAGCUAUUGCUUACCAAUGAAAUCUAAAACUGCGUUGUGACUUUAAGACCAGCUUUCGGAAAACAUUAUAUCUCAAACACACUUAAAUCACUAAGUUAAAAUGUCUUCUGAGCUUUACGUGUGGGGUCCUGAUGCUGUCUGCGCUGUGACACUUUGUCUGCGUUGUUUAGGCUUGGCAGAUUUAUGAAAUGUAGGUCUAAUAUUGUAUAAUAUGUGCUGUGUAUAUCUGAGUAACACAAAGUAUAUUUUCUUUACACUGUUGUGACUGUGUGCAUUGCUAUAGCUACUUGAAAAAACUAUUCACGCCCUUGUCGACCAUUUGUUCAUUUAUUCCUGUAUUUACGACAUGAUUUACAGUUGAAGAUGUGUACCUUGGUAAAGUGUGUAUAUAUAGAGAAAGAAAAUAUAUAGAGAGAGAUUUAAGAUAUGAAUCUAACACCACUUGUAUAAUUUUGGGACACAGCUUUGUAACGUUCUGCGUAUAUUUAACGUUGAUGUCAAAAGGCUUGUUAAGUGGGGUAAUUAUUUCACUGGGACUAAUGAAUUCCCUGGCUUAGGUGUAUUUCCCUGUAAGUAAUAGUGUGUUUGAUCUGAGGGAGGAUUGUUGUCCAUGCGAGGUUAACGUUAUGUUCAGUGUUUCCUGUUGAGGUGCUGGCUUUGUCUUUAGCUAUACUGCCCCCUUUUUGGACUAACAAGGAUUUUCUCAAAUUUAACUUAUAAAUUCAAAACUAAUUCAAAUAGUGAAAAGUUAAUUGCUGCGUUAGCUUUUCAACUUUAGGAGCAUGUGACUCCAGGAUGCAACGGCUGUUAUUACGGUGGCAAUAUUAAAACACAAUCUUCUGCAAAAGCAAAUUGGCUACUGGCUAACACACUAAUUAGACUUACCUGCCUAAAGACAACUCAAGAAAUGACUCAAAUUAGACUCAUAAAUUUUAAAGCAAUGAUUGCUGCUGCUUUUCUAACCUUCUGCACUGCCUGGUGGGCUUGCAUUACAUAUAUGUAAAUGCUGUAUAUAAGAGCUCUACUAUUCCUCUCCUUUGUCACAAUCUAACUCAUAUAUAUAUAUAUAUUUGAGCCAGAUGCACUGUGACAAAGGAAAGGACUUGCAUGUAUGUACAUAUGUUAACUACCAAACCUCUUUAAUGAAGCUGAUGUAUCAUUUUGCCACUUCAUUGCACCAGCAGCCUCUAAAUUUCCAUUGAUGCCUCCAAGAUUGGUGCUUCUCAUGUCUUUUUUUAAGAGUCUAAAUGCAGAAGUUUAACCAUCAGAGUAUAACGUUAAUGAAUAAUUGGUGAUGAUGAAAGAUUUACCUUAUGGUGCAGUUGCACCCAAACAAUCGAGAAUAUUCUGCAACCAUUUCAUAAAGUAAACUAAAACAGCCUAAGACAGAUUCAGACAAACAACCGUGUUUUGUAGUGAAGAUUGAAUAUGUUUUUUUUUUUUUUUUUUUAUAACUGAGUAAAAACACAGAGAGGUGACAAACAGAUUUGUGUGGCUGUAGUUAUUGUACAUUGACUGUGAUGACAGUGCUCUUUAAGUUUUAUCUAUUUUAUCCAUAGAUCACUAUUGUAUCUAUCUGGUGUCAUUUAUGGCGAAGAUAUGCUACUGCUAAUGAACUUUGCAAACCACUGCCAUGGUAUGUGAUUACGGUGUUGCACAAAAGGUACUGUAUCUGUCAGGAUGAAAUAAAGGAAUAAAAGAAAGGACCAAACACAGACUACUGAUGAAUAUAGCAAGUAGGUGGAUGUGCAAAUCAUUUCACAAACUGUACAGAGAAGAGUAUAGGCAUUCAUCCUUUUGUAAAUGUGUAUAUUUUAAAGAACAUUUAUGCAUCAGUUGCAUUUUUCUACUUCUUUAUUGAAUGCACACUGUCUGGAUUCCUUGCACUGAAUAAAAUUCCUUGUGCAGAUUUUAAAACUCUGGUUUUGAAAGUCCGACUGACUACUGCUGCUGCUUAACGUUAUUUUCAUCUCGUGUCUGCCUAAUCCCUCAGUAGCAGCUCUGCCUCAUCAGAUUAUAUUCAUAAUUUGACCACCUAUGUGUUUGCACCACGAUUCGUUAACAUGUUGGCAAAAUGGACAUCAGUGUGGCAAAGAGGUUCCCGCAGGAUCAUAAACAGCCAAGAAUUUCACUUAAAAUUGAUGCCGUUGACUAAGCAACUAUCACAGUAACUAUCCAAACUAGCUCACUAAAUCAAAAACGUAAAGAUCUUACAGAUUUAAGCGAAGCUCAACAACAAACUAGCUGCUGGAUCUUGUGUAUGUGUUUGUUCUGGAUGUGACGUGUGAAGUGUUAGAGAUGUUUUUUUUUUGUCUGUUUUGUAAUUGCCUACCUCACCUGUGUUCAAACUGUUGUUCGUUAUGUGUUUAUGAGAAAGCUCGCUUUUGAUUUAUGUGAGACGUGCUUUGAAUCACCCGGUCUUUCAACCAGGCAUUUAAUCUUCCACGCUCUCGCAUUUCCAGUAAUUCCUCCCCCCCUCACAUCAAAUUAGUUUGAGAAAUGCCAACUGCAUCCAUGUUGGGCUUCAGUGCUGUGGUUGGAGGGAUAUCUGACGUGUAACAGCCCAGUGAUCGUUAUUUCUGUGUGUCAGUGGUUACUGGAACGAUGGGUAGAUAAUGUACAGUUAUUUAUAUUUAUGUGUAUAACAGCAGUCCUGCACUCUUAACUGUUUCAUUUGCCCUGUACAUACCACAAAUGUUGUUAAAUAAAGUUGCCAUCUUGCAUUCAGGAAA